CUUUAAUACAUUGGUAUUCGCAACAGUGGAAAAUCGAGAUCCUGCGGGACUUGUAGAUGGACUGGUGGAGGUACGUUUCGAAAGCGUUAGCUCGGAGGAAGUGAACCAGUUUGUGAAGAGAAAGGAGGUCUUUGUCAUGAUAGAGUCUCCAGCCUACUUUGAAUCUUACAGACACGUACUUGAAGCCCUCAAGGAGAUAAAUUCUGAGUUUCCUUUCCAGAAGCAGAUCGUGGGGUGCUGCAGGGAUGUCGAGCCACCCGAGUAUCAAAUAAAGAAAGAAAAUAACAGCAAUUUUAAGUUUAAUUUCGAUGACGUCUUAGUUACAAAAAGGGAGGCGUAUUCAAAACCUUCUGAGUUGAUUGAAAAGCAAGAUUCCCGAUCUGCCAUGGAAAUUGUUCCGGAUGCCUCGGCCAGUGUGGAAGUGGAAAACGCAAUCCCUUCAGCUGCAGAAGAACGUAAGUGCACCCCAAACGAUUAUUGUUGGCCAGACAGGGCGAGCCUCGGGCUCAAUGAAUCGCAGAUGCGCGCAUUCAAAAUGGCGUUGACCAAAAGGUUUGCCGUAAUUCAAGGACCGCCAGGGACUGGGAAGACAUACGUUGGUUGGAAGAUUGCACGUGUUCUUCUACUGACCCACUCACUCUGGGAAGAUAAGGAGAACCAGACACCAAUCUUAAUGGUGUCCUACACAAAUCACGCCUUGGAUCAGUUUCUGGAAGGACUUCUUUCAACAACGACAAAUGUUGUUCGUGUUGGUGGCCGUAGCAGAAGUGAGAAACUUGACAGAUAUUCAUUGAAGUAUCAUCAGAGAUUAAUGCGUUCGCAAGAAGUAGUUCCAGAUGAAAUUUACAGAGCCAGAAUACACUCUGAGAAUGACACUCAUCGGCAAAAACGUUUCUCCGAAAGUUCUCUCAAGAUUUUAAGUACUUUAAAGACAAGCGUGGUGUCCAUGAAAGUCCUAGGUCAUCGCGAUUAUGCGCUGAGAGCCCAUUACUCACAACUUUUGGAAGAAGGUGGACCAGAAUCAAUUAACGAAGCUCUUCUUGACUGGCUGCAAAUCGAAAGACAAGAUCAACAUGAAGAGGAAUUACUUCCUUAUGGCGACUACGAGGAAGAAGAGUAUCAUUCUUAUGGCUACGGGGUAGCUUUUGACAAUGAACCCUUUGACGACAAAAACCUUAGGGAGAUUACUUCUGAAAUAGCAAUCCUCUCAGCUGAAGAGGCUGCCGACCCUAAGGAAGUAAGACGAAAUCUUUUGAGUAGAGAGCUUAUGUCAGAGGACGAGGAGAUGCAUGUUCGUGAUAUUUACCGGUUGGGAACAGAAGAUCGCUGGAGACUUUACAGGCUGUGGAGAAAGAGGGCGGAGGAACAUCAUAACGAGCUCUUUCUUACUAGGCAAGGCGAGUAUGAACAAGCCAUUGAAAGAGAGCGGGAGAUCACCAAACUGGAAGAAUACGAAAUUCUGCGCAAGGCACGUGUCAUUGGCAUGACGACCACGUGUGCUGCAAAAUACCGUAGCAUCCUCACGGAGAUCGGCCCCAGGAUCGUCAUAGUCGAAGAGGCCGCUGAAGUACUGGAGGCUCACAUUAUUGCGUCAUUGACGCCGGGCUGUCAGCAUUUGAUUUUGAUUGGAGAUCAUAAACAACUAAGACCCACCCCCGCAGUCCAUGAAUUAGCCAAGAAGUUCAAGCUGGAUGUGUCCCUCUUUGAGCGAAUGGUUAAUGUUGGAGUGCAAUGCGAGAUGCUCAAUGUACAGCACCGUAUGAGACCUGAAAUCGCCGCCUUGAUGAAACACAUUUAUGACAAUCUUGAGAAUCACAAGUCUGUGGAGGAAUACGAAGAUGUCAAAGGAAUCAAGAAGAACAUGUUUUUCAUCAACCACAACCACAUGGAAGAGUCAAGUGAUCAGUUGCAUAGCCAUGUGAAUAAACACGAAGCCAAGUUUUCAGUCGCGCUCUGUCGUUAUUUAUUACAGCAAGGAUACGAAGCCCAUCAAAUUACCCUACUGACAACCUACAUGGGACAGAUGUUCGCUCUCAAAGAUUGCCUUCAGGGAGAAGAGGAGGAUUCCCCGCUUAGAGGCGUCCGUCGAACGACAGUUGACAACUUCCAAGGUGAAGAGAACGACAUCAUCCUUCUGUCACUUGUGCGCAGUAACAAAGACGAGAAAAUCGGAUUCCUAAAGAUUGUCAACCGCGCAUGCGUUGCUCUCUCGCGUGCAAGAAAGGGUUUCUUCUGCAUAGGAAAUUUUGGCCUUCUCUCCAAACACAGUGACAUUUGGAAGAAAAUUGUUGCAGAUUUGAAAGCUAGUACCAGUAUUGGAAACGCCUUGCCCCUUGUUUGCCAAAUCCACAAAGACGAAGUCAGCGUUGCAACUGCCGAAGAUUUUAACACAAAAGUUCCCAUGGGAGGAUGUCAGCAACCAUGUGCGGCGCGUCUGAAAUGCGGUCAUGCCUGCCCGCUGAAAUGUCAUCCUUAUGAUAAAGGCCACCGGGAAUUUCGCUGUGAAAAACCGUGUGAAAAGAAAAGGGAAAGAUGUGGCCAUUCGUGCCCUAAGCGUUGCGGAGAAGUCUGUGAACAACUUUGUGAUCUAAUGGUUGAGAAAGAGUUGCCGAUCUGUGGUCACACUACAAAGGUGAGAUGUGACACUAGUCCAGAGAUGAUGAAAUGCAAAAAAAGAUGUGAGAGAGUCCUUCCCUGUGCUCACAGGUGUCAACGCAAAUGUACAGAAAGCUGCACAGAGAAAUGCCAAGAGCUUGUCAAGAGGACAGAUUGGCCUUGUGGACAUGAAGUCACUAUGGCCUGCUCAGCAACUCUUGCUGAUUGUCCAGUUCCUUGCGGACCCACGUUGGAAUGUGGUCACCCGUGUUCUGGAACUUGUGGCGAGUGUCGCAUGGGUCGCAUUCACAAACAGUGCAAGCUGAGGUGCGGUCGUGUCCAGAUUUGUUCCCAUUCGUGCAAGUCCUUGUGUAGAGAGUCGUGUCCGCCGUGUAUCAUGAUGUGUGAAAACAAGUGCCAGCACAAUCCAUGCCCGAAUAGAUGCGGAGAGCUGUGUAUACCUUGCCGCGAGGAAUGCCCCUGGAAGUGUUCUCAUCACGCUUGUACCAAGAAGUGCAGUGAGAUGUGUGACAGACCAAGAUGUAAUGUACCAUGCUACCGAUUCAUACCAGAAUGUGGCCACGUUUGCUGUGGUUUGGAGUGCGAAAAAGAGUGCAUCUGUGCUGAGUGUACUCCAGAAAGAGAGAUCAUCUUCGGGACGGAGGAGGACGAAAAUGCUCGGUUCAUCAGGCUUCCAGAUUGUCAGCAUAUCUUUGAAGUAACUGGCCUGGAUAGAUGGAUGGACGGAGAUGAUGACGUGAUUGGGCGAAAGCAGUGUCCGCAAUGUAAGACCCCAGUUCAAACGUGCCUGCGAUAUGGAAAUGUUAUCAAACAGCAGCUACACGAUAUUGAGAGAGUGAAAGCAAAAAUGUUGGGAAACAAGACGGAAUUGAACAGCAAGAAAAUGAUCCUACACGGUCGUGCUAUUGUUUUAUUGGAGAAAUUGAGACUUGAUGGAACACCGUUUUCUCGAAAAGUCACAGCCUAUUUGGAAAAACGAAAAGACAGAAUACGGCAAUCAAUGAAGUCUGAAACGAUAGCCGCGAUCAUUGAAAACCAGUUGAUGCUGAUUCACCGUUUGUUCUCGACAGGAAAGAAAAUGCAAAGCGUUCUAGGAAUGGCGUCGCCAGAGGACAGCUCUGAAAAGAAGUUGCAGCGCCAGCAGUUUACCGAGGAACUGAAUUACCUUGAGAAACGGCUUCUGUCUGACCGGGUAGGGCAGUUAGAGCUACAAGACAUCAACACAGAAUUCUCCAGAUUCAAUCUUCAACUGGAGAUGUAUUUGCUGAACCGCGACAUCACGAGCCUGGAGCUAGAGUUAGACGAACCUUCCUGCCAAAUGAAGACUGCAAUACAAAAGGAACUGUCCAGCGGUCAACGCAUAGCAGACGAAGAACUGGAUAAACUUAUGCAUGAUAUUGCAACCAUAAGGACAACCAAUCCCUGCUUUAAACCAUUGACGCCAGAAGAAAAAAAACAGAUGGUGUCCGCCAUGAACCUUAAACCAGGUCAUUGGUACAAAUGUCCUCAGGGACAUAUCUACGUCAUAACCGAGUGUGGCGGUGCUAUGCAGAAAAGCACAUGUCCUGAUUGCGGAUCUGUGAUUGGUGGAGAAAAUCACACACUGGUAGAGGACAACCAAGUGGCGUCUGAGAUGGAUGGUGCAAGGUACGCGGCUUGGUCUGAACAGGCGAAUUUAGCUAACUAUGGAAACUUAGAUGAAAUAGUUUGACUUUUUUAUGCUGACAAAGCUCAUUUAGAUUGAAUGUCGUUGGAAGAAGACCGUGUUUAUCACUAUAGCCGUUCAAAACAAAGGGAAACAAAAAGGCUAGAAAUAUAAUUCCAGAUCGCCUCUGACACUCAAUUGGAAUUGAAUCAUUUAUAGAACAAUGUUAUUGCUUCAAAUUACAGCUAUAGAUAUAGUGAUAGGCUAAGAAAUGUUUUUUAAUGACGGAAAUGUUUCAGUAAUAGAUUUUACUUGGUAACUUGUAUGGAAUAUUUUACGCCCUGACUUCAAAGCUCGUCUGCUUUUGACCGUAAGGAACAAAACUGGAUGUGGUUAUGUGCAACAGCUUGUUAUUAUAGUCUUUUUUUCUCCUUAUCUUUUUCUACGUAUAAUAAUCAAGGCCCUCUAAUGAAAAGAUGAGAAAUUUACCAUCUCGAUUCACACUGAUGAUCAUUGCGCAAAAGCAUCCCACAUCGACAUUCCUAUCCUAGCAUUAUACAGAAAGUUUGUUACCAUGGACCUGGUUAACAACUUAGCCUAGCAUGAGUCCCC